AUGGGCGCGCGCGCGGAGUCGCGGCCGGAGGCGUGCGCGGCGCUACUCACGCUGUGCUGGCUGUGCUGCUGGCCCGACGACUCCAACUCCGACACGUCUCCCGACAAUCCAUGGAAGCCAGUUGUGGGUGAGUCCGGAGGCCGCAGUCGCUCUGGAGCCCCCUUCGGCCGACGCAUGGCCAGUAGCGCCGUGUCUCUACAUCUACCGAGCACUUCAGGAUAUUCCAAGAAGCCGUUAUCAGCGCACAGAAGCCACGAAGAAAUAAGAAGCCGAAGAAAGUCUCACCACGAGGCGCCCACAGCCGACGCCCGCUACCACUCCGCGCCCAGCGUCAUCGACGAGGUCAUCCACCGCCGCGACUGGGAGCGCUCCACCAAGGAACUCUACAUCCCGCUCAAGCCAGAAAACGAGUGUCCCUCCGGCAGCACUCCCAGCCUAGACAAAGCGCCAUUCGCUGAACCCGAAUCGUCGUCCGUAGAAUGCCUGCAACCUGAAACCCAACCAGUUAGACCGUGCAAAAAACAUUACACUAACAUCAAAUCUUCUAAAAAGUGCAAAGAAUCCAACAAAGAUGACAUCAAAGACACCGAUGCUACUGAACUCGUCCCGCCUACGAGUGAUUUUCAUGAAGUCGUCCCGUCUACAAGUAAUUUUUACAUAGGGGAUACUAAUGAGGAAUCUUCUAUCCUGGUUAAAGCGUCGACCUCUAAUUAUGAGGAGUUUAUAGAGUCUGAAAGAGUCGCAGAGGAAAGAAAUAAGUCAAUUUACAAACCGAAAGAAGCGAAGCAGUCGUUAAACGAGUCUAUUCGCUUGAAGGAGGUGCCGCGGAAAAGUUUGGUGCCUCUCGAGGAGGGCGAGGUGUCGAACUACGAGUUCCUGCUGGCGGAAGACAUCGAUGGAAUCGACCGCUCGGGGGCCGAGCAUCACACGAUUGAGUCGCGGAUAAGCCUCGCGAGGCCGUUCCCUCCACCUUCAGUUGAGACGGUGGGCUACGACGGCGGCGCGUGCUACCUGGCGGAGGCGGGCCCGGUGCGCGGGCCGCGCGCGCGCGCGUCGCUGUCGCCGCUGGCCGCCAGCCUG